ACCAAAAAGAAAAAAGACAGGUGAGAGUGAAGGGGUAAAGAGGUCAUUUCAACCAAACGCCCAUUGCUGCUCCUGCUUCAGUGCUCUGCUUCUGCUGCUACAGCCAAGCCAGCCACUCCCUACUUGGAGGCUACCUGCGACCACCUUGGCCGUUAAUGGCGUCCAUAUCUCUCUCCCUCUCUUCUUCUUUCCUUCCCUCUCCUCUUCCACCGGACAGGAGCUACCAUAACAAGCUCAGGUCCCGGGAAGACUCCAUUGCUAGGGUUUUCUACUGCGCAUUCGCUUCUCCUGCGCGAAACACCAUCGUUUCUUCUUCUCCUUCUUCUUCUUCUUCCGCGGUUGCUCCUCCUCAGAAAAGACACUGGAAGGAAGGCGAAUUCCCUGGGACGUCAGUGGCAUCAAGGCCUACGCAGGGGAAGAAACGCGCGCCCUUAAAGAGAGUUAAGAAGAAGUUGGACCGCAAGAAAGCAGCCAAGGCCUGGGUUAACACCGUCACCGAAGCCUUGUCCGAUCGCAUCCUCAACAAACAGUGGCUCGAAGCCCUUGAGGUAUUUGAGAUGCUCAAGGAGCAACCCUUUUAUCAGCCAAAAGAAGGGACUUACAUGAAACUCCUGGUUCUGCUUGGAAGAUCUGGCCAGCCCCACCGUGCCCGUCAGCUUUUUGACACAAUGGUUGAAGAAGGAUGCGAACCCACCUCUGAACUUUACACAGCCUUGCUCGCAGCUUAUUGUCGGAACAAUCUCAUUGAAGAAGCAUUCUCAAUCCUUGACCUGAUGAAGACCCUCCCACUUUGUCAGCCUGAUGUUUUCACAUACAGUACCCUGAUUAAGGCUUGUGUUGAUGCUUCUCGUUUUGAAUUGGUUGAGUCCCUCUAUGAACAAAUGAAGGAGCGUCUUAUAGCUCCAAACACUGUCACACAAAACAUAGUGUUGAGUGGCUAUGGGAAGGCAGGGAAAUAUGACCAGAUGGAGAAGGUGUUGCUGGGGAUGCUCGAAAGCACUACAUGCAAACCUGAUGUCUGGACAAUGAACAUUAUUAUUAGCAUAUUUGGUAACAAGGGUCAGAUUGAACCUAUGGAGAGAUGGUAUGAGAAAUUUCGGAAUUUUGGAAUUCAGGCGGAAACACGCACUUUUAAUAUUCUUAUAGGUGCCUACGGGAAAAAACGAAUGUAUGACAAGAUGUCGUCAGUGAUGGAGUACAUGCGGAAGCUUUCUUUUCCUUGGACUACAUCAACUUACAAUAAUGUGAUUGAGGCUUUUUCGGAUGCAGGGGAUGCAAACAACAUGGAGUACACAUUUGAUCAGAUGCGUGCUGAAGAUAUGAAAGCAGAUACCAAGACAUUCUGCUGUCUUAUUAAGGGGUAUGCCAAUGCUGGCCUCUUCCAUAAGGUGGUAAGUACUGCUGAGUUGGCUGGGAAGCUUGAGGUACCUGAGAACACCUCGUUUUAUAAUGCAGUUAUCUCUGCAUGUGCAAAGGCAGAGGAUUUGGUGGAGAUGGAGAGAGUUUUUAAGCGUAUGAAAGACAAGCAUUGUCCACCAAAUUCUGAGACUUACAGUGUCAUGGUGGAGGCAUAUAGAAAGGAAGGCAUGCAUGACAAAAUCUUUGAAUUGGAGCAGGAGAAAGAGAAGGUGGUUGCUAAUGGUCCUUCAAGCUAGUAGGGUAAAGAAGUGAGUGCAUUUUUAUGAGCUGCAAUUGCAGAUGGAUGGUUAUUGAUAUCCAGAUUGUGUGUUGAAACAGACAUAAUGCCUUUUUGAGGGCUUCAGUAGUCUUCAUGAGCAGGAUUGCUGAUACAUCAGCUUAUGGGCAACUGGUUUCAGUGUCAUGGGCAACUGCAGCACUGGAUUGCUUGAAUAUCUUAUAUGAGGUACAAUGGCUUUUGCGACCAUCUACUUGCCUUGAUAACAUGUUCAUGUAUUAGUAAAGGAUAUUGGUGCCUCUCAACUAAUUCCAGGGUUUCUUUUAAUCACUUCUAUGAGAUGACAGUCAGAAUCAUAUUAUAUUC